AGUUUAAGUUGACAUUCGCGCGCGUAACACCAUUCAAAAGUUAUGGUUGAAAUUAGUCAGGAAGCGGGAACACCUUACAAUAACUACCAAAUUUAAAUUUCAAUCAACAUGGGGUGGACAUUAAACCAACUUACCUCUGCGAAAACUUCCUACAAACUUGUAGACUUUCCAUUUAAAAUUGGCCGAAAUUUAAGUGCAGAUAUUAUUUGUCCAGUUACUAAUAUCUCUAAGAAUCAUGCUCACAUCACCACUUCAAAUGGGCAACUCUAUAUCACAGAUACUAGUACUAAUGGUGUUUUUGUUAAUCAUGUUCGUAUUCCAUUUAAUGAGCCCACUCAUAUUAAAGCCAAUGAUAUAAUAUCGCUAUGUUAUCCCAAAGACAAUAAUGAAACAGGAAAAGAACAUUUUCUUUAUGAACUUAUAUCAGACCAGAAUGAUAUCCAGACAGAAUUGAACAUUAAAGUUGAAGCAAGGCAUUCAGAAACAAAUGAAAACAUGGGAGUUAUUAAAAGUGAAGUAAGACCUGAAAAUAAUCAAAAUGUUGAGAGUUUUGAUGUAGAAGCAAAUAAUUCAGUUAGUAAUGAAAUAAAUGAAACUAUUAAAAUGGAAGUAAAUAGAUCAAAUAUUGAUGAAAGCUGUGAGAUAAUAGAAAUUGAUGCAUCAUCAUCAUCAGAACAGAAUUACAAUCAGUGUGAUAAUAAACUAAGUAUUGGAGAUGCAAUAACAAUUAAAACAGAUAGUGAUGUACAGAUUAUAUCACAGGAUAUUGCUGAUGAUAUCAUUGUGAUAGAUGAUGAGGAAGAGAAUAUGAUCCUCUCACAACUCUUCAUUAAACAUGAAGUUAAACAGGAAGUUGACGAAGAAUUUUUGAAGAUUAAAGAAGAAAUCGCCGAAAUGGAUCGAUGCGAUAACGAAUACAAUGCAUUAACUUAUGAGAUUGAAGACAGUGAUGAUGAUGAUGAUGAUACAAGUGAUGAAUUGUUGAUGCGGUUACAGAAUUAUUCUCCUGAUGUGAGAUAUUUGGACCCAGAUAAAUCUCCCGAAUUAUUAUUUGUGAAAUCUCCUGAAUACGAUGUACAAUCAUUAGUUACUGAUGUAGUUGCUGAAAAAUCUCCCGAGCUGGUGGUGGAACCACCAUCAGUAUCAGUAACAAAAGAUUUGAAAGAGAUUUCAGAACAUAUCGCUGCUAAACAAACGAAGAACCAACUGGAAAUUAUCCCGGCUCUUCCGCUUGAGGCAAAAAGCCGAAAAAGAAAGAGUGAUUUAGUUAAGAAACCUGCAAAGAGUAAAAAAUCAAAAUCUGAAACAACAAAUGCAGCUACUUGUAAAAAUACAAGCAAAAUCAACGAGAAAAAGACUCAAACGAGCAAACAUCGCGAGUUAUUUGAAGGUGAAUCAUCGGAUAAUAAAAAACGAAAAAGGCUAGUGUUAAAGUAAGUAUCGGAUAAUCGUGGUUUGUUUCUCACCACUGAACCGCAGCCUGCUAAAAAGAAGAAGAAACCUGUGCCUGUUGCUGCUGUGUUACCAAGUAUACCAAAGAAAGCUGCGGCAGCUGUAUCCAAAGAAGUUCCUCUACGGCUUCAAGCAUCAACUUCGCAACCUGUAAAAGCAGUAGCCACUGUUUUACCAUCACCAAAACCAAAAACGCCACUACCACAAGUGAAUACUCUGAAUCCGCGAAUUUCUAAUACAAGCCAAGCGAAUCUCACACGCGAUCCACGCAUUGCUAAACGUCCGCCAAGUAACACAAAGUUAGAAGCAAGAACAUAUCCCCAGAAUACUAUGCAACUUAUUAUGAGCCAUAAAGCAUUUGUUUUGCGUUUGUUCGAAUGGAAAAAUUCAUUUUUUGAGAAUGUGGACAUUUCGGCAAUAUGGAUGAACAUUGAAGGCUCACCUUUGAUAAAAAUGCCCACCACUUACAGCGAUUACAGAUACUAUCAACGUGCGAUGAACGCUGUGGUAAUGAGCGAGUUAUUUUCGGAUGUUUCCAAUGAAUACAACUCGACGCCAUUUGCUGUCGUUGGGGAUCGGGUUAAUCGUGGAUCACUUGGGUUGCGAGUUAAAGUCUUGAAAAUCGAUCGACAUGAGGACUAUACUGAAAUCCAUUGUUUUUACUAUAUUGGUGAAAAACAAUUGAGCGACAAGUUAUGCGAUUGCUACCUGCUGAAUUUCAUUCCUUGGCAUGGUCAGAACAAAACUAUGGCAAACAGUGAAAACUGUUUAUUCGGUGUCGUGGGUUGGACGCGAACUGAAAAACUGGGCCAGACUGAACAUAUCGAUCCUAUAUUAAAACAACAAUGCAAAUCAUCUCCAUGGCAUAAACACAUGUUCUCUAUUUUAACGCGUCGAACCACCAACAUCCAAGCGCAAAACUAUUUAUUUCUUCGGAAUUUCGGAUCAAUUCGUCGCUUUCUAAAGAAACUCAGCGCUAUUCAAAAAGUAGAGGGCGUUAUUGCACAACAGAUUCUCUCACCGGACCCGAGCCAAUAUUUAAUACCAGACUUUCCCAUGCCUAAUAAACUGCAUCAUUUUCUGCGAAUGAAUCAGAAGCAGGAGGAAGUUGUGAAGCACGCAAUGAGAUUCUGUACAUUGUCGAGCAACUCGAGGUUUUUCAUGGUUCAAGGCCCGCCAGGCACUGGAAAAUCAGAUCUUGUUGUCAAUAUAACAUUAAAUUUCCUAAAGAAUUUGGAUAAAGGUAUUGCAAUAUUAUUGCUUGCGCAAUCCAACGCCGCUGUUGAGAAUCUCGUUCGGCGUAUUGUGAUGUUGCGCAAAGAUUUCCCGAAGCCAUUAAAGGAUCGUGUGCGGAUUAUUCGCAUGGGGCGUAACUCGCAAUCUGCCGCUGAUUUGGCGGAUUACCACGUUGACAAUCACGUUGCGCGUCAUUUGCGUAGUAUGUUGUUUCAGCAAGCGCCUCAUUUGAUGCACAGUUAUCGCGUUCUGGAAGAGGAAGUUUUCGCGUUACGUGCUAUGAAGAUUAAAACUGGGGUUCAAAUCCAGACUUUAGAGAAGAAAGAAAGGGAGUAUGCUAAUUUUGUCAGGAAUCAUUACCUUCAACAGUAUCAUAGAGAAGAGGCACAGGUUCGCAAUUUGGUAUUUGAGAAGGCGACAUUGAUUUGCAGUACGAUUGGCAGUUCCUACGCGUUUCCGAGCCGCAAACUACAGCUUAAAUUUAAAUGCUGUAUCAUUGACGAAGCCACGCAGGCUACCGAACCGGAUACACUGCUUCCCUUGACGCAGGAUGUUAACAAAUUUAUCCUGGUUGGCGAUACACGCCAAUUACCUCCACAUCAAACUCUUGUUCCGAAAGAAUAUCUUUUCUCGCGUUCGUUAUUUGUCCGGUUACAGAAAGUACUACGCGAUGCUCCAUCUCACAAUGCUUUACAUUUGCUGGACACGCAGUAUCGCAUGCGCGAAGAGAUUUGUUCUUUCCCAAAUCGACAGUUUUACCGCGAUAAACUUAUUACACAUCCGCAGCCGUGCCGCGAAGACAUAAAAACUCUCGCGCCGUAUUUAGUUUUUGAAGUGAACGAAGGCAAUAAGACAAAAACUUAUGUGAAUUUAAAAGAAAUCGAAGCAAUUCUGAUGAUUUUAUUAACCAUAAGUAGGCUUAAACUAGAAAGUCAACUUACCAUCGGUAUUAUAACACCAUACAAUGAGCAGCGCAUCGAAUUACAGAAGCAAGUGGAAACUUUAAAUUUGAACAGGCGUAUGAAAGUGUUGGUCAACACUAUUGACGGUUUUCAAGGACAAGAACAGGAUAUUAUUCUGUUGUCGUUGGUUUUAAGGAUGGCGAACAGCUUCGUCAACGAUGCGCAGCGUUUAAACGUGGCGCUGACGCGCGCGCGCAGUUGUCUCUACGUGUUCGGAUCGCCGAUUCUAUUCGAAAGCGGCUCUCUCAUACGCAGCUUGAAAAAGGACGCCAUUGAUAGAGAAAUGUAUGUGCGUUUACCGCAAUACUUCGAUCCCAAUUCGUUUCAAUAUUGUCUCUUUCGAUAAACACUGGGAUAGUUAAUACUUGUGCACUGUAUCAGUGAGCAACCUCUGGCCAGUGAUUGAUAUCUUUACUUGUUUCGUUAUUUUUGAUAUUUAUGUGCAGAUUUGAAGUCUGUGGCGUUGAAAUUCAUUUUUAUAUUUAUGACUUGAGACUGUAUCUUAGCCUAGUGAACAAACCACGUGAUUAAAUUGUUCUAGGCGUAUAGUUUCUUUGUUUUUCUAUAAUUGAAAUAAAUUCUACUUUUGUCAUAA